CAGCGCUUGGCGAUAUGUCCCUGGGGCCGCGUGCCUCGCGACGACGGUUCGUGUUUACGUUCUCGCCGGUAUCGCUUAUUUCCUGGUGCGUAGCAGACAACGUAAGCGAGCGGGAAAGAGAGAAGGUAUGGCCUUCGCAAUGAGGUUAUCAUUCCCUUUCAUCUACCGAGGCCUGAUCCUCUUCGCCGACGUGUCGAAGGUGCCUGACGAAGAGAUGAACGCAGCGCAGCUAAUCGGCAAGUUCACCAUCAAAGAAGUCAGCUCUGGCAAGAGCGUGACGGUGGAGUCGCUGUGGCGUGAGCAGACAUGCGUGCUCAUGUUCUUCCGCCGUUGGGCGUGCCCCUUCUGCCGCCUGGACGCUGUUCGCCUCAGCCGCAUCAAGCCACAACUGGAUGCUGCUGGUGUGCGCCUUGUUGGCAUUGGCCACGAGAACAUUGGCCUCGAUGAUUUUCGCCAAGGCGAAUACUUUAAAGGAGAACUCUAUGUUGAUGAAGAGAGGAAUGCAUACAAGGCCCUUCAGUACAAGAGGUUCAGCUGGUUCACCAUCAUUCCUGCAAUCCUAACAUCUUCAUCAAGAGCCAAAGCUGCUGAGGCCAAAUCUGAGAAAGUGGGAGGUGACCUGACCACUGGAGAUGGCCUGCUCAUGGGUGGCACACUCGUUGUGGAAAAAGGCGGCAACAAGGUGCUCCUCAACUACCAACAGGAGGUGCCCGAGGGCUUUGUCGGCAACAGUGCCAUCCUGGAUGCCCUGGGCAUUUCACGCUGACUUUAAUGGCUUGGAUGCCCCUGCAGGCGUGAAGGCCUUUGGUUGCAUAAAUUGUCCUCUGCUAUAAACAUCCCGUUGUGUGGUGCAUUUUGGCUGGUUUUGAACUCUUAGCCAACUGCACGUGUUGCUUGGCAACCAAACUGUCCAUAUGCCAAGACGAAUCCUGCAUCAGCACGCCUCCAUUUUACUAUGAAGGGUGGCAAAUUGUCUUUGUUGAGAUAUUAUUUUAUGAUGGACAACUAGAAGUAUAUAAAAUUUAACCUCCACGCUGCAUUCAGUUAUAAUGGCGAUAUAGUUUCACACCUACAAGGUACUUCUGAAUGUCGACCCACAUGCAUAUGUGCAUGGCAAGGCAGCAGUGCUGUCUUGCAUGUGUUUAGCAUAUUAACUUACGUGCCAGUGUACCCAGAAGCUGAUCGUAAUCUUUGCUUUUCUGUUAGUGUGCAGAAAUUACCUUUCCUGCGUGUUUUGUAUUCAAUAGCACAGGUGCAGGCUUGUUUUUCAUGACUUGCAAGUGUCAUACUGACAAAGUCCAUGUUAUGGUUGUGGUUCCAUCUUUCAAUUUUGUUUUCUGUUUUCUUAAUGGAAAAUACACAAUAUGGUUAGACUUUUAGCCAGUUGGCUAGCCGGGGGUUAAGUACCUGCAAAUUGAAUUAAUGCAAGAACAAAAUGUUUCAUAAGUACGCAAAUGUACGCAAGCAUUGCUUGUGCCACAUGCCCCGUAGAGUCAAUCUAUAAGAACGUCUGAAAUUUUGGACGUAAGAACGCUUCGCCGUCCGAUUUACCUCUUUUUUUGCCAUGACCGCAGAUCCGAAAUGGCUUUGUAUCGAAGCCACCACCGCCGCCAUUUCGAUGAUCUCGACGCCUCGAGCAGGCGCUUUCGCACGCGGCAACGAUAAGCCUACCUGGGGCGCGAUUGUACAUGGUUCGAAACGCGCGUUGUUUCGCCUCACGCGAUUGGUUUAGACUGCGCCCCUGCUUCGACGUUGCUGUCCGGUGCCGUGUUUUUCAUUGUUCACCGCUGUCAGCAGUGGUUCUGACUCCGCCUUUGUAAUCCUCGCCAAUGGCAUCGAAUAUCGUAAAGAAGCGAGCGUUUCAUAAUGUCGGUUUUCCAUAGUCAGCUUCGCCUCAGUACAUGAAUGGUACGCAGUGAAGCAUAACAAAGGGGCAAUUGUCACGCGACACAGUAUGUAUUCCGUAAUUAUGCGCGCGUGCACCCGCUUCUCCUGUCACGCUACGAGAACCGGUACGCCUAAUAAGUGUGCUGGUAGACCUCCAGCUAUUUCAAACGUGCCUGUGGUGAUUUGAGCCCUUGGGGGCAAAGAGGCAUGCGUUCAUUUUUUCGAACGAACGUUUUCGCGGCCCCCAGGGAGGCCGAAAAAAUUGUACGCUGACUGUAUAGCAUUCACUGAACAGUAGCACGUAGCUACAUUCUGGUGGGAUGCAAUAUAUAUUUUUUUGUGAAUAAGCCUCCACCUUGCAGAUUUGCACUGAAUUCAUAAAGGAUGGACAGUUUUGUACUUAACAUUCGUCUAUUCGCAGCAGGGUUGUUUCACCCGCAUCACGAUGCCCUCGAGCGCAUUUUUACGUGUGUGAACUCUUUUGAUACCUUUGGAAGCUAGCGUAUCGCUGCUGAGCCUGAGGUUCGGGGUUCAGCCCUGGCAAUGGCGGCCGCAUUGGGAGCGAAAUGCAACAAGGCUUGUGUAUUUGUAUUCAGUUCACGUUAAAUAACUUCAGGUUGUCAAAAUUAAUACGGAGUCCCGCACUACGGUGUGCCUCAUAAUCAUAUUGUGGCUUUGGCACAUAAAGCCCCAGAACUAAACUUUUUUUAAAUCUUUCGACGCCAUAUCGUAGCACAGGCCGAAAUUUUUAUUCCAAAGUUUGCUUUAUGAUGAUGUGCAAUCUCAGUUGUACAGUGCUACAUAGAAAGGCAGCUGUGUUUUUUGCAGGCUGUGCACAUUUGAUGUGCGCAUUCAUAUUGGCGCUUUCCCCUGGCCAUUUCUGGUGAUGCUUUGCUACCUUACAUGCUGUGAUAGUGAUGUCGAAGUAUCUGAAAUAAAUACUAUCCUUCCUUG